AGUCUGAUUUGAAUAAUGUCCUCGAACGCGCCCACUCCCCCACCGCCUCUGGCUGCCCCUCCGUCCCACGUAGCGGUCAUAGACUUCGGCUGUACAACAAUACGGGCGGGGUAUGCAGGAGACGACCGGCCACGGCUUGUGGAAUCUACGACGGUUCGGAGGAGGCCAGCCCUUGAUGGCGAUGGUGAUGCUGCGAUGACCUCAAGCGAACUUAGCCGACCCUCCGACUUCGAAUGGCCUGUGAACUAUGCCGCCUUGUCGUCCUUGGAACAUGCCAACGACCGAGAGUAUGUGACUGGAAGUAUUCUAUCGUAUGAUAACACUUCGCAAACUGUGGGUAUGGGCGACGAAGACAACUUGAAGCGGAUCCUCGAGUCAGUCCUGUUUUCUGCGGGCGGCCCUGGGCUGGAGUUCUGCCGGGACGGCGGCAAUGCUCUGCAAUCAGUAUUGUUGAGCUCUCAUGAAUUCCUCAGUGAAAAGGCUAGGGAGAGAUUGCUGGAGAUGAUGAUGGAAGACGUCCUGUAUGAGAAGGCAUCCCAGGCCGGUGUUCUCGUGGCUAAACGAGCUCCUCUCGCUCUCUUCGCCAACGGCAAAACCUCAGGAAUCUACGUCGGCAUGGGCGGGGAGUUUGUGUCGGCGUCAGUGGUGAGCUCGGGGUAUACGGUACCUUGUACAGUACGGCACUGUCAUAAAGGCGGAAGAGCGAUGGAUGAAUACAUAGCAGCUCAGAUUCUGGGCGAGGGAGCUCAAAGACCGUCAGAAGAUCAGCGGAUGGCUGGUCGCCUCUUUGACCUUGGCCGGAACAUGGGCUUAUCGACGCUACCUGAUCGCCCAGCCAGCAAGGGGGAGUUGACCGGGAAGGAGUUGGCGGUUUGCAGUAUGGCUGAGAUGACCAAGAUUCAGAGCUGUGUCGCUAGAGAGGAACGCGGCCCACUUCAGUCGAGUCUACCGGAUGGAACUGUCGUACCAGGAGCGUGGAAAACUGAUGCUAUCGAGCAGAUCAUUGGAGAGUUGUCCUCGAUGGUGGAACAGUCUUUGAAGGCUUUCUCAAACUCCUCGGAGCCCGCCUCGGCUGUCAAUGCAGUGUCCCAGUCCGUCAUAUUAUCAGGACAAGCUUCACAGACGGCUGGGCUGGUGGAACGCCUGCAGAGGGACUGUGCGAUGAGCUUGCGUGACGGCAAGGUUCGAGUAAUGGGAGGCUCUGGAUUCCCUACGGCAGCCUCUGGUGGGGAGCGAGGAUACUGCCCGUGGUUGGGUGGUUCCAUAGUGGGAAGCAUGGGAAGUUUCGCUUCGCUCGUGAUAACGCCUAAGGAGUACGCCGAACAUGGUGCUCGAAUUGUCCAUCGUAAGUGUUUCUAA